ACCAUGGUGGUUCUUUCUCCGUCAGUGACAGAGGAUCUCUCUGUCAUGAAAACAUGCAAACUCAAUAACAACACCUACUUCAACCCUAUCCCAGUGAUAGAUCUUCAAGACCCAAAUGCUAAAACCCUCAUAGUGAACGCCUGUCAAGAAUUCGGCUUCUUCAAAGUGGUGAACCAUGGCGUCCCAGUUGAGCUCAUAUCAAAAUUGGAGAGCCUAGCUAUACAAUUCUUCAACUUUUCCCAGUUACAGAAAGACAGAGCAGGCCCUCCCAACCCUUCCGGGUACGGGAACAAGAAAAUCGGACCAAAUGGAGAUGUGGGUUGGAUUGAAUACCUCCUGUUAAAAGCAGCCCAAGAUUCAAUCUCCCAGAUUUCCUCGUCCAUUUUCCCAGAAAACCCAGAUGUUUUCAGGCAAGAAAGAAAUAUAAUUAAAAUUAAUUAACUAAUCAAAUUUUAAUCGGGGGUUGCAACUUGCAGGUGCGCUCUGACUGAAUACAUAAAGGCAGUGAAGGAAAUGGUAUGCCGGGUGCUGGAAAUGGCGGUGGAAGGUCUAGGGAUAUCAGAUAGAGAAGUGAUAAGCAAGCUAUUGAGAGACGAGAAUAGUGACUGUAUGUUCAGAUUGAACCAUUACCCGCCAUACCCGCCGGAGCUUCCCCAGACGGCGGCGGUACUGAGGAACAUAAAUUUGAAUUUGAUAGGAUUUGGAGAGCACACAGACCCACAGAUAAUGUCUGCAGUUAGAUCAAACAACACCCCAGGGUUACAAUUCUCACUAAAAGAUGGAACAUGGGUCUCCGUCCCACCUGAUCCCACCUCCUUCUUCCUUAACGUUGGCGACACACUUCAGGUGAUGACUAAUGGGAGGUUUAAAAGUGUAAGACACAGGGUUUAUGUUGUUGAUAAUGUUAGAUCAAGAAUGUCAAUGAUCUUCUUCGGAGGGCCGCCGAUGGGUCAUAAAAUUGCGGCUUUUCCAUCAAUGAUAAAGGAAGAACAAGGGGAGGAGAGCUUGUAUAAGGACUUCACCUGGUCUGAAUACAAGCACUCUGCUUACAAGACAAGGUUGGCUGAUAAUAGGCUCUCCUUUUUCCUAAAAAAUGCACCAUAA